AUGUCCCGCAAUGUCGGCGCCACCCCCUCAGGCUCGCGGAAAGGGCCGCCGUGGUCUCACCUGCGCGAACCCGUCAACUACGGCAUCGAUCGCAGAGCCACGGCAUCGCCAAGCUCCAUCAGCAGCACUUCAACCCGAUCCACUGUGCGGGAGGACAGGUCGCGCCGAAUUGAGCGCAUUUGCACAGUGGUGGUCGCGGAAGGGUACAUGCGCGAUGAGGUCCUUCUCAAUCUUGACGUGGUGGGGCCAGAGGUGCGGCCGGGAAUGCUGAUGGCCAUUUCUGCCAUCAAAUCCGAAUCCACAAAGGUCUUGGGGGGGCACGGCAGCUUGAAUCGUCAGGUUCACGAUGGAAACGAGGCGGCCAAAGCGGCUGCGGCUCUGGCUAAGGACCGGACUGCGCUUGGCCACCGUUACAUUUUUGUUGUCAAGGACAUGCCCAGAGAAAUGAAGGCACGCAACCAGGACGCAGAGGUUUGCAUCGUCCGUCAUAUUUCGGAUGCUUUUGCGAUGAAACGAGGAACUCAGGUCCUUCUCACUCCUGUCGAUGAGGACCACCGCGCCAUGGAGGCAUCGCAUGUUGAACUUUGCUUCAGAGACGAAUAUCUGUCACGCUCAGACAUGUGGCGCUUGUCUGUUGAUGAACUUACGGAGCGUACAGUUUACAAAGGGCAAUCGGUGCUCUUUAUGGGUACCAUCAAAGCUCAAGUUACCGCUGUUUUUGUUGAAGGUGAGAGCGUGCACUCCGGUCUGUUCGUCCGCAAUACGCGGCCCAUCUUCCGAAGCGAAUCCGCCAGAUAUGUUCUGUUUAUUCAAAUGGCAAGGGAGAUGUGGGACUUCGAUACUGAGACCUCUGGGGAAAUCAUGUUCAACCGCGUCGUCAACGGCUUCCUGCCUGCUUUAUUUAAGCGCUGGGCUUCACUCAAGGUGAAGCAUCUGGUCAGCAUUGUGCUAUUCGCGCGCGUGGAAUACGAUACCGGACUUGCGUCUGACCUGGCCAGUGAUGGCCUUUUGGAUGAAUAUUUCACGGGAGUGCAGCCCUUCGGCAACAAGCGACCAUACAAAGACUUUUACCGCGUGGUUGUUAGCGACAUGUCUAGCGGUGAAUGGACCAAGAUUCUGUACCAGCUGAAGAGAGAGUUCAACUUCUUCCGCAGAGACAUAAGCCUUCAUCAUCAAAGUGUGCCCCUGAGUCGAGGAAGCAAGACUACCGACGCAGAGCAUGAAGAAGCAUUAACAGCCUUGACACGCAUCAAAGCUGACCCUUCUCUGGCCAUCCAUGGCAACGUUUUGGAAGCAAUCCAUCUUGCCUCGUCCCAGUAUGCCCAUGAUUACAUCGAUCGAGAUCUCAAUAGAACCGGCAUCUCAAUCGCUGUCAUCACGCCAAGCCCGGGUAUUUUUGAGGUUGAUUACGAAACUUUACGACGCACAACGGAGGCACUCGUGGGGAACGGCAUAGGCAUCGAUCUGAUAUGCUUACCAGGAAUGCCUCUUCACUCCGUCCCGCUCUUCAAAUACAGGAAUCCUCACUUUUCGGAUGAGACUGUUAAGCAUCAAAAUGCCCUUUCCAGGUCAUUCCAUAGUCACAACAGCACGGGAGGCAAUCCAACCCCCGUCAUCGGUAGCUACCAGUCUCACACCGAGUCAUUUUCUCCUAGUAAAAUACCUCAGAACGUUAUGAAGCACACUGAUUCACUUUCGUCUUUACGCAACUCGGAAGAGUGGAGUUGCGCUCUACCUCAGUGGCUGCAUGUUUCGUUCUGGACGGGCUCUGACGAGUCUUUGGCGUAUGAAGGCAUCGCCCUGUCUGUAUCGACAGCAAAAGACAAGAAUGAGGAAGAAUUCGAAAUGCGAUGCCGCAUGUAUGGGCUUCAGAUGAGAAGCGCGCUUGACACCAACGAGAUUGAGACAGCAGCGUUGAGUUCGGACUCCAGCUUUCCCACAAACACAUCGCUAUCUUCCAAGAAGCCGCAAGACAAUGCGUCAGAAAGCAUAUACGUGCCCUCUCGCCGGGCCCAGGAAGCCCUCGGAGACACUGUAUAUGGCUUUCAAAAGUUUAUUCCAGAGAAAAUAGCUCGUACUGGAGACUUAACACUCUGGAAGAAACUGCAGGCAUUUGAUGAUUCUCGAGCCAAGCUAUCGUACGCCCCUAAACGUCGUCCACAGCAUCACAAGCCCGCCAAUGACAUCGAUCAGGUACAAAGGAAAUAUCAGGUUGACGACUCGAUAGUGCUGGGAACUUCUGUCCCAGAUCGAAUGACGCCUCAUCCUCCGCAACAUGCAAUCGCACGCAAGUUUUCCAUGGCUGAACCAGGGCGUCCACCAACGGCGUCCGUUCAAAAGUCCCCUGAGCCACCCAAAACCAGCCCCAACAAGGCGCCUUCGACAUCAUCGUUUACUGCUAGGCAGCCCAAAUUAAUGCGGCACAUUAGUCUCGGGCAGCGCGGCUUUGGCAUUGCUGCGCCAAAGGCAGCUAUAGCAGAAUUGAAAGUCGAGACCGUCAACGCAUCUCCAGCAUUUUCCUCCGAUCCACGGCCGGCUGCUAAUUCACGGUCUCUUUCAGACAUGAGGCCGUCGACACCACACAGCAUACGAAGCCAGUCGUCAACACUCACUGCCAAGAAGGCCAAGUCGAUAAAAUCGGAUUUAAGUGAGAUUGCGUCGGAGCCGGCCCCAUCAACUCCAAGCAUUCCGAUUGCUCAUAAAGAGCCUUUGCAAGAUUGCCCAACCAACAACACAUUGAAGACGCCAGUACCUGCCCUGGUACCAUCCAGGUCGCGUGAUAGACUGCGCGAGGAUCCGGAAUUACGAUAUUCAAAUUUUAUCCGGGCUGAGGAUGUCCAGAAGAUGUAUAACAACAAGCUGAGAGCCGGUGUCGCUCCUGGGCUGCAUCUACAACCCGAACUGCCGGUUACGCUGUCCCCAACAGCGGCAAUUACUCCGUGGCUCACUUUGUUGAACCCUUCCUAUCCUGAGAAAUACCGCAUUGACGAUGCGAUCCUAUAUAGCCGAUGGCAGCACGUGUUUCCAAAGCCCUCCGAGAUGAGAACACAAAAGUGGAAAACGCUCUGUUGCCCUGCCUCAGUACCUUUAACCACGGAAUAUUUUCCUUCAAAGGCACAAUUUGAUGCCGAGUACCAGCGACACCCUUAUAUUGUGGAUCAAAAUACCGACGACGACGACGAGCCCAUGUCACGAAAGGCCUUCAUGAAGGAACUCAUUGGUCUUCGCUUCUCACAGGGCUUUCAAGUCGUCGUGGGCUCUGCCGUCGCCAAAGCGUUUGGACAGAAAAUGAUCAAGAUUGCGGACAUCUUCUCGCGAGAUCAAACCUUUGAGGACGGAAAUAGCGUCUUCAUGUCAGUGGGCAACACUAUCCAUCAACUUUCCUGUGUCAAUAGCAGCGAGAUUGAGGUCAACAUUUUUCUACGGAAGCCUGCUCGGACAGCAUCCUCUGAAUUUUCAACAACGUACAAGCCCGCCGUUCAAACAUUGUUGGACUCUACAUACGAAACAAGGUCAAUUGACAUACUCAAUCCCAAACCGGAAAGGAAUUGGAACACGAUAGACUCAUACUUGGCCGGUCACCACGAAGAACUCAUGGAGAGUUUGCGGUUCUGGCGAACCAGAUACGUUCUUAUACCUCUGAGUAUGAGAUACUCCGCUUCAACUAAGAGCCAUCUCGAAGAUAACCCCGAAGAGGUCCGGAUUGAAGGCAUUCAAAGACUAGCCCAGUUGUGGAAGAAGCAUCGGUACGUCUCGGCGUCAGAGCGGAAAUUUCAGGGUCAAGCUCGGAGCCGUAUCUUGGACCGGAGCCCUUUGAAUAUUAUUUACAAAACCGACGACCCUUCAUUGGUUGUCGCCGUGGAGCUUGGCAACCUACCGACACUUGAGAGCGUCGAAUACUCUUCAAGCAAGGGAAACCUCCUAGUUCGAAAAGAACUUUUCCGACGAGCAAAUCUGAACCUGACAGCUCUCGCCGACGCCCUGCAGCAACCAAUCGAAAAUGGUGGUGUUCCUUUGCGAAAUAGGCGCUGGCAUCUCCGUACACAUAACAGCGCAUUUAUUGGGUCGGACAUGACAACGUGGCUAUUGAAGAAUUUCGAGGAUAUUGAAAGUCGCGAAGAAGCAGAGGAUUUGGGCAAUGCGUUGAUGGUAUCAACGCCAAAGGAGAUGGAGAAGCUCAAGGAGGAGGAAGGGGAGAAGGGGAACGAUGGGAAGAAUGAAAAGCCCCGCGGUCUCUUUGUCCACGUCGAAAAGAGACACCAGUUCCGGGAUGGAAACUACUACUACCAAAUCGCAGCAGAAUAUGCCAAGCCUCAGCCCGGCUGGUUCGGCAGCAGAAAGAAAGAUGCUGUGUCAUCACUAGCAGAUAACAACAGCCGUGGCUCACCUCGAGUCUCUGCUCAACGCUCCGCUUCUGGUACCGAGGAGUCCUCCUCUGGGGUACCAUCGCCAGGCGGCACCCAGAUGCUUGGCGCUAAUAAAGCUUCGACCCUCAAUCAACCGAUUGUGCAGCUCAGCAAAGUGUUGAAGUACGAUGUGGAUCACCGGAAAAGAUCAUAUCGCCCCGAACGGAUUGAUCUGCAUUAUGACCGCCUGCACAAUCCAGACAACUGUUUCCACAUCCGCCUCGAUUGGAUGAAUACGACUGCAAAACUCGUCUCGGAUUGCGUAGAGGGGUGGGAGCGUGAAGCAAGCCAGUACGGCCUGCGUCUUGUGGAAGUACCGAUCAAGGAAGCGUGCCGUAUAACGGAAGCUAACCCCUUCCGCAAACCACACGAAAUUGAACUUGUUGUUGCACCGCCAGACCAGAUGCCGGAGACGUACUUUGACCCGAAUGCUCACGGUCCGACAAGAGUGCAUAGCAAGCACUUUUACCAGACUGCGAUUCUCAAGCACUUUGACUUUGUGCUGGAUAUGGAAGCAGCAUCGAGCUUCCCGAGCAAUGUGGAUAUCCGCUAUUCAUGGGGCAAACCAGACUUCAAGUACAGCCAGUAUAUUCACCGGACCGGGUUGCUGCUGGCUCAAAUUACCGACAAAGGUCACUUCAUUGUGCUGGCCAACAGACUGUAUAGUAAACGAGUAUCGUUGGCCAGAGAAAAAGAGCUCCGGGUGCAGUCAAACGUGGAACUCGCACCAACGUCAACAGCGGAAAGGAGUGCGCGUCUCCUAUCUUUGGGCGGCUUCGCAUCGUCAAUGGCCAUGGCCAUGGCUGAUCAAACGCCCGUCUCCUCGCCGGUUGCGCGUCCCACGUUUGGCCAUCUUUCUCCGGCCUUGGGGGCGAGUGAUGGUCCUUCGCUGGGAACCACGCAACCAAGACCGCCUCAUCCGCCUCGCGACAGCAGCAGCCAUGCGCAGCAGCCGCUUCAUCACUACCACCACUACCUGCACCCUCUGCAGCAGCUCAUGGAGCCCGAGGCCAUCAAGGAUAUGCUGGAAGCAUUCUGCAAAGACGCAGAGGCGCUGGAGUCAUUUUAUCGUGAUAUUCUGGAGCGUGGGCAGCGCGUCCCCGGCACCCCGAUGACGGCAUCUACGGUGCUGUCAGUUCCCACGCUAGAAGCCGUGGCAGAGUCGAGUAUUCCAGCUCUGGGCUUGCCGCCGGGUGUGCUGGCCGCUCACCACCCGGACCAUCUCUACGGUGCGGAUGGUAAUGGGAGUGCUGGAGGAGGUCUGCCUGCGAACAUGCGCAACACGGUUGGCAGCCCAAUGUCAAUAUUGCGGCGAGGCAGUGUUCAGUAUGAUGGGAUGGGGCUCGGCUCCAAAGCUACGAAGUAA